GAAUUCACCCAGAAGAAGAAGAAAAGGAGUUUACCCCUUACCGUUGAAUGACAGUAGAGCAAAGUUUACAGUUUGUACAGUUUCGUCUCUGAGCCUCGGAGCAACUCACCGAACUCCGGGACUGUAGCCGCAGCCGUUUCUGACACCUGGACUGACUGCGUCGCCCUGUAACGAUGCGGGACCGGACGAAAGAAUUAGGAAAUAAUCCGGACGCUUCAGAGGACGACGAUGAGGGCCAAGCUCUGAUGAUCAAACCUGGAACCUCUUCAGCCAAAGAGGAGAAGGAAAAUGAAGCGUUCCUUAAAAAAAUGCAAGAAAUUCACGAGGGGCUGAACAACCUCAAAGGGAUCGUGUCUGAACUCGAGAAUAAGCAGAAAAAGGUGCUGGGUGUGCCGCUGCCGGAAGAGAGCAUGAAGAAAGAGCUCCAAACUCUUCGGGACGAGUUCAAAACGUUGGCGACUCAGAUCCAGAAAAAACUGAAGAGUAUUGAACCGAAGAAGGGAGAAGAUGACGGAAAAUAUAUCUCCAUAAAUGUUCGCAUGCAGCGGACCCAGCACGGCGUCUUGACAAAGGAGUUGGUGGAGCUGAUGGGUCGCUGUAACACCAUCCAGUCUCAGUACAGAGACCGCAACGUGGAGAGGAUACAGAGGCAGCUGAAAAUCACUGGGAACAAUACGACAGACGAGGAGCUGGACCGGAUGCUGGAAAGCGGGGAGACCGACGUCUUCACACAAAAUAUCCUGAUUGACGCUCAAGCGACGAAGCAGGCACUGAAUGAGAUCGAGUCCCGACACGACGAGAUCCUGAAGCUGGAGAGGAGCAUCAGAGACCUGCACGACAUGUUUCAGUACCUCGCCAUGGAGGUGGAGGCUCAGGGGGAGAUGGUCAACAGGAUCGAUAACAACAUCAAACAGUCGUCUAACUACGUGGAGAAGGCGAAAGUAAACACAGAGCAGGCUGUGACGUAUCAAAAGAAAGCACGAAAGAAGAAGAUCUGGAUUGCGAUCUGCUUGGCCAUCCUCAUCCUCAUCUUAGUCAUCUCAUUGGUCUCCACCUUCGGCACCUAACACCAGGCAGCGCAAAGUCGUGGUCGUCGUGCGGUUCGGGUGAAGCUCAUUCUGGUUUCAUGUAAAUAAUUUCACAGGAUGAACUCGUGAAUUAUGUUAGUCAGUUUUGUCACUUUCUUCGCCCCCUCUGGAUAUUUUUUUGGUCCUUUUCAAAUACUCUAAUCCCCCCGAUCCAAACGGCCUUUUUGUUAUUGUUUGUUUUAUGAGAAGAAGAGCCCCGCCCCCACCCUCUUCUCUGACAGAAUACCCCGACAUCGCCCUGCAUCACCGCUCCCACUCAAGAGGCAGUACUGCUGAUUUUUUUUGGACCUCCCUCGCCCCUCUCAGAUUCUGGUCUGCAACACAAAGACCAGGAGAACUGUUACAUCAGCGCCUCUUCCCUUCCUUAAACACAGAAAGGAAAAAAAAGAGGAUCAAAGUGGCCUCGAGCGACGCACAACGCAGUAUUGAGACCCGACCCAGGCGCUGGUCAUACUGUACUCAGGAAAACUGUGCGCUGACUCUCGUUAACAACAACUGUCAUAAAGUAGAGAUUUCUUUUACAGGCUGAUCUAGAAAAUAGUCAAUUAAUAUAAUUGUACAUAACCUAUAAUGUUUGAUGAAGACAUUGUUUAUGCAGAUUUUUAAAACUUGAAAUGGCCUUCCUGUAACACGUGUAAAUACAGAUGUUUUUGUGUGUGAUAGCAGCCCCCCCCCCCUCGUUUUAUUUUACAUCGAGGUGUCUCAACACUGCAAGAAGCGGCCCAAGGCCCACGUUUUAUUUGUCCUACCAGGUUGUAUUUAUGAUUUUUUUUUUUGUGUGAGAGCUGCUACAGGAAACAUGAACACAUAAUGAAAUCUUUUUCUUCAGCGCGGUGCCUUCUCGUCUGAGCGGCUGAAGGUGAGAUCGUCAUGUCGUGCACUAACUUUGUCAAGAAGGGAUGGAGUGAGUUUUUUUUAAUUCUUGUUUGUAAAAUAUGUUUGAAUUCACAGAAGCAGUGUUUCCGAGUCCUCCCGGUUUAUCAUGAUACAUUUACUCGCAGUCUAAGGAUUUUUCUUGAACCGUUUGUCUCGAUUGUGCAAAGCCUCCUCUUGUCUCGAUAGUUCAAUUUGGCUCGAAGAUCCUGGAGAAGUGGUGACACCUCGACGGGUGCUCGGAUCAUUAUUGCAGAUUAUUAGUUUUCAUUUGAUCUAGAAAACAGUAACGUGUGUUUAUCCCAGUUACUCAAAGUCAAAGGUGAUGAGAGGAAAUGGCUUUUUCUUGAUUCUAAACAGAAAGAUAUUCACUUUAACCAAAACCCCCUAUCGGAGGUAAAGUGAACAUUAUUUAGCAGCUGGUGAGAGACAGUCACGCUACUGUGGUGUUAAAAAUGACUUUGACCAAUCAUGAGUCGGUGGAGUUUGUGGCUCCUGCUCAAUACGACAAAUUGUUGAAUGAAAAAUCAAACAGUUUGUGUCCGGUCCUGAUUCAAGUCUCCAUUGGAAACAGAAAAAGGUCGACAAAAAGCAAAGCUUCCACUUUGCUGCUGUUCAAUUUUUUGCAUCGCUCUUUUUUUCUGAGUAUUCAUGUUUUUAAAAUAAAAUACUGCCAUGUUAUAAAA